AUGAAAAGACAAAAAGACGAAAAGGAUACUGGAUCAACCCGAGUAGAUCAACCAAAUUGGAACAACGAGACGGAAAAGAAAAAUGACGUCAAAAGACAAAAGGAUCCCAAGGGCGAAGCCACAACCAGGUGGCCACCAUAUCACUCUGAUUCCUUUACCCGGAGUGGUACCACCGUCUAUAUCAAGCCGGUGUGCAACCACAGCCUGCGAAGCUGUCGGACUGAGAUUAUCGAGCUAUGA